AUGGACUUUGUAGGAGAGAUUAUUGAGCACGAGACUGAGCCACCAACGGAACCCACUCCGUUUAAUGCAUCUGGUGGGUUCCCCGACCCUCAAAAGGUAAAAAAGGUGUCGCGAUGGAAACAAAAGCAACAAAAGCAACCGAAACUGACCACACUAGAGUUGCCCACCAAAGACAAACCCGAAGAUGAACUUAAUGAAGCAGAAGAGAUUGAUAAGGAGAAUCGUGAGAGAAUGGCCAAGAUGUCUGAAACCGAAAUAUUACAAGAAAAGCAAGAACUUUUGAACCAUCUAAAUCCAAAUCUUGUUCAAAGCUUGUUGAAGAGAAAGAACAAGAAAAUGAAAGGAGACUCAAGUGAACAAGAUGCGACCACUCACGACCACGAUCACGACCAUCAUGAACAUGCUGAAGGGUAUAAUGGAUGGAUUGGAGGAAUCAAGACUGCAGAGGGGCUUACCGAUUUGUCUCAGUUGGAGAAGGAAGAAGCGGAAAGGGCUUUAGGAUUGGACUCCGAUAGGAAAGUACGAUUUAAUGAUGAUAAUGUUGAGAAGAUAGAGUAUUAUGAAGCCGAUGGUGACGACGACAGGAAAAGCGAUUUAACUUUGGAGUCUGUGGCUCCAGAAGGAUACCAAUUGAAUCAAGAUGAAGUAAUGGAUGAGGGUGAAUCUACCGUACAUUUCACCAAACCCAAGCAAGAUGACUUGGAUUUGGACUUGGACGACCCUGACUUUUUCGAUAAACUACAUGAAAAGUAUUAUCCCAAUUUACCCAAAGAAACUGAAAAAUUGUCAUGGAUGACCAAGCCAUUACCAAAACAGGUCUCCACUACUUAUGAGAGUAUUUCCGACAUGAGAUUCGAUUUUAACGGAAAUUUGGUACAGAUCAAUAUAGACGAAGAGAAAGAUGAUUCACAAGGUGUACCUAUGUACUUGGGUCUACAUCAUCAUUCAGAAAAUCCUCAUAUGGCUGGUUACACGUUGAGUGAAUUGGUGCACUUGUCGCGUUCGGUAGUACCCAGUCAACGAUGUAUUAGUAUACAAACGUUGGGAAGGAUUUUGCAUAAAUUAGGCAAACAUGAGUUGAAUAUUAUACCCGUUUCCGAAACUGAGCAAAAUCAAGAUAUAAAAGAGAUGGUGGAAACUUUUGAAAAAAUGAUGUGGGAUUUAGUUGAAGAGUUGAGGAUUGUGGAAAGUAUUACAGAAGCUGCAGAUGAAAAGCACACCAAAAAUUUGUCAGUUCGCAAUUAUGCCAUUGAGGCAUUGUAUCUCAUUAAAUCCGCGAAAUAG